AUGUACGCCUCGCCCGUCUCCCUCGGAUCGUCUACUCGAGCUCGGCUGCAAACGACCCGCCACAAAGAGAGAGAGAUCGAUGGAGGAGACACGCCCCUCGAAAAACAGGCGGAGACCCAGCAUGCGUCCCAGACGGACUACCCAGCCGGCGACAGCCUCAUCCCCUGCGGCAACGCCGCGAGCCCGCACAUCAAACAAAACGACCUCUUCAAGGCGCAGCGCACGUACCGGCUCGGACGCAAGCCCCGCCUUAAUGACGUCGUGCCCGACAAAGGUUCGCGGGCAUCAGACGGGGACUACUCCGUGCGGGCCGCGGUCAAGGUCGCCGACUUUUCGAUGGGCCGGACGUUCGCGAUGACGAGCGUCGUCGUGAGCGUCUUUGUCAUGUCCGUCCGUGCGGGCGACGCAAUCGAAGACCGCGUGCUGAUCGGGCUCACGCAGAGCACCCCGUUCGACGCGGACCCGCAGAACGUAGACAUCCACACCAUCGUCGUGACCCGCCGGGUGCAGCGGACGCUCCUGUACGAGUGCGACCCCGAGCCUCACCCUCGCCGUGCACCCGCCGUCGCCCGAGCCCGCGGCGGCCCUGACGCCGCCGACGGGGUCAGGGACGGCCACGCGCCGUGGAGCCUGCGGUCCGCCGCGAGCGAGGGGAGCCAGCGCGGCAGGCGGGCGAGAAGCUCGCGGCGCCGUCGCAGGACAUGCGUGCGUGGGCGGCCGAGGCUUUGGGUGAGGUCGGUGGGGGGGCCUGUGGAGGAGCAGGUGGAGGAACCCGAGCGUCGCGCGACGAAGGAGGCGACGCCGACGCGAGGACACAAGACGCUCGGAGGCGACAAACGGCUCGGGAGGUCGUCGACGCGCAAGGGGGCGAAGCGCAAGUCAUUGGGGGAGGAGAGUGACGACGAAGGAUACGGAGACGCGGCGUCGCUGCCCCCGCAGACGCAGGAGCAGGAGGACUCUGAAGGGGAGUCGCGUGUGGCGAAGCGGCCGCGGACAGAGCGGUCGGAGAUAUCUGUCGCGGAAGUAGAGGGUAUGGACUAG